AUGGCGGAAGAACAAAAACCUACGCCGGAGAACAUGACAAUGUUGCAAGGCUUCGAGUGGUAUGUGCCUGCAGAUCAGAAACACUGGGUUCGACUCGAAAAGCACGUCUCGCAGCUCAAGAAAUGGGGAGUUGACAACAUCUGGAUUCCCCCGGCCUGCAAGGGCUCUUCCACGACAGGCAACGGGUACGACAUUUAUGAUUUGUAUGACUUGGGCGAAUUUGACCAGAAGGGAGGUGUGUCCACGAAGUGGGGCACCAAGGAGGAGCUCUUGAAGCUUGCUGACACCGCAAAGAGCAAUGGUGUCGGACUCUACUUUGAUGCCGUCUUGAACCACAAAUUUGCUGCUGAUCACAAGGAAAAGUGCCGUGCGGUUGAGGUCGACCAAGAAGACCGGAACAAGAACAUUAGCGAUGAGUACGAAAUUGAAGCUUGGGUUGGCUUUGACUUUCCAGGGCGCAAUGGGAAAUAUAGCAAAAUGAAGUGGCACUGGUAUCACUUCAGUGGCGUCGACUACAAUGCUGCCAACGAAAAGACAGGAAUCUUCAAGAUCUUGGGCGACAAGACGAAAGAUUGGGCAGAAGAUGGAGAGGUUGACGGUGAGAAGGGCAACUACGACUUCCUGAUGGGAUCUGAUAUCGAUUACGACCACCCGCAAGUUGUGGAAGAUACCUUGAACUGGGGCAAGUGGCUGGCCAAGGAGGUCCCCCUUAAGGGUAUUCGUUUUGACGCCAUCAAGCACUAUAGUGAGGAGUUCUUACGUCAUUUCAUCACCACAAUGGAUGAGGAAUACGGCCAAGGUUGGUUCUUCGUUGGUGAAUUCUGGAAAGACUCACUUGACGACAUGACCCGGUAUCUUGACCGUAUGGGCAAGAAGUUCUCACUUUUCGAUGCCCCGCUAGUCUACAAUUUCAGCGAGAUUAGCAAGGCUGAUGGGGGCGAUUUGCGCAAGGUUUUCGACAACACGCUGGUGCAAGUGAUGCCAGUCAACGCCGUAACGCUUGUCAUGAACCACGACACGCAGCCGUAUCAGGCUUUAGAGGCCCCUAUUGAGGGUUGGUUUAAGCCGCUAGCCUAUGCACUCAUCCUGCUCCGAGAAUCGGGAUACCCGUGCUUAUGGUACGGUGAUCUCUACGGAAUAGAUCCCAAGGGUGAGCACCCUUUCCCACCAUCUUGCGGUGGUGCUCUGCCUAAGCUUGCCCUUGCUCGUAAGUUGUACGCAUACGGUAAGCAGGCAGACUACUUCGACUAUGCUACCUGUCUGGGCUGGGUGAAGUACGGUACAUGGGAUCGUCCCUUUGGAUGUGCUGUCGUUAUCAGCAAUGCUGGCCCUGGCGAAAAGAGAAUGCAUGUCGGUGAGAUGCAUGCUGGUGAAGUCUGGACUGAUGUCCUCGGCUGGUCGGACAGAGAGGUGACAAUUGGCGAUGACGGUUUCGGUGUCUUCGUCUGUGGAGGCACGAGUGUAAGCGUCUUUGUGAACCGUGAAGCCGAGGGAAGGGAAAAGUUUUCAGAGACAUUUAACGACAAGAUUUACGACGAAUAG